CAAAAUGUUAUAUUUGCCUUGCCAUUCAUAUUCAGUGCCUUGUGACUUAGAUGUGUGUAAUGAAAACAUAAAAAACGCAAACGUAAAUAACUGUACCGACAAAGGAUGUAAAUAUCUUCUUCCGUCCAAAUAAAUUUUAAUAAUGGGUGAUGAAGAAACUGCCAAAAAUCUACAAAGUGUUGAAGCUGUUCAAGUUCCACAGCCUCCUUCAAUUCAAAGUCCAACACCUCAAAAACCUCAAAAUUGGGUUAAAUUCGACGAAGAGCAGCCCGUAAAUAAUGAAUCAGAUUCUGCAGCUGUUAUAAAUACGGAAAGCGUUCAAGUAAAUAUAGAAAGAAGUUUAAAUAGGUCUACUGAAAGUAAUAAUGUGGCAGUUUUUGAUCCAAAACCGCUAAGAAAUGUUGAAUUACCGAUAGCUACUGUUGAACCAAUCCGACAAGGAUUUUCCAAUGGUGAUAUUAUUGUUACCCUAUUACCUGUGAAUACAAAAUUUCCAUGGAUUACUCCAGCUCAAUUCCGUCCAGAACUUGUACCUGAGGAACUUAUGGCACAAGGCCUAACACUUACUGUAGAAGAAUACGUCCAAGCCAUGGAGCUAUUAGUCAAUGAUGUGAGAUUUUCUUUAUACAAUGUUUGUUACAAACGUGUCCUUUUCUUAUGGAUUACAGUAGCUUUUAUAGUUCUUUUGGGGUUGCUCUUUUCGGGUUUAGAGGGACUCACUUUAUUUGGUUUAGGUAUAGGCUGGUUGAUAUUAAACGCAGGGGCCAUAUUUUUGUCUAUGUAUUUGAAGUUUAGAUUGCAAAGAAAUUUGGAAAAAUGUAUGGCAAAUGUUAACAAACAUCUGUUAAGACAUAAGAUAUUAUUAGCUCUCGACGAUAGAGGAAAAAUUAGUUGCCACAAAGUUACUUUAUGUUUUAUAUACUUAGAUUCUGCACCAUGUAUAGCACAUAUUCAAACAGCUAUUGACCAACAAGAGAGGGACCAAAAUAGCGGCUGGGAACAGAGGAUGGAUAUAUCUGCGCAAGAUAUUGUUAUACAGGGCAGUCGAACUACAAGGUUGUCACGAAAACAGGGCCAACCUGAAAUGCUUUUCCUUCGCAACGGUCAGAAGUGGGGGAAAGAUUUUUUGCGCAGGAGAUUAGAUUGGACUUUAGAUGAGAUCAUGGGAAAUCCCUCCAAUCCACGCCAUAUUACUUCCGCUUUGUGUCCGUGCCAAUAUGUGGAGGAAUUGCUGGCCAACAAGCCACCGAGGGCAGACAAUCGUAGAGAUUUCUGUCCUCUAUGGUCUAGAAUUAUGAUUAGCAUGGGCAUUUAUUAAAAGAAAGAGCAACCUUAUUAUAUCUGCGUUACGCCUCCAGGUGGGGUAGAGAUCGCGCUCGAGGUUACCUAAAUAGUCCACCCGCCUCUGGCGGACGCCAUUGCUCUUCUUUAACAUGCCCAUGCCAAUUUAUUGAAGAACACUUACAUUGUAAACCCCCAGGAGAUUUAAAUUCAUUUAGUUCUUACACUUUAGAGAGACUUCGAGAAACACCCAAUAUUCCAAGCUGGAUGGGAGUCUGAAGUAAUAUAAGUAGGUACCUAUCUGCUUUUAGAGGCUAGCAAAGGAAUUAUUGUAAAUAAAAAUAGUGACUUAGAAAUAUCUAUUCAAAACUACUAUCAAUAAAAAAAAAUAGUAUAUUAUACACCAAGGGACUGAAGUGGUACUUUUCAUCCCGAUGCGAAAAGGGAUAAAAAGACACUUCAAUCCCGUGGUGUUUAUACGCUAUUUUGUGCACUUUAGGAAAAUAAAAACUAAAAAAAAAAAAUUAUGAAAAAUCACUUAAAGGUACACGGUACAUUUUCGGUUGCAUGGAAUAAGUAUGUCGUACUUCCCUAUAAAGUAAAAGUGCCAUUUUGGUCCCUGAAAAUGGGGACCUAAAGCAUACUUUUAGUCCCUAAAGUGCAUAAAAUAUAUUUUUGGACGUUCUAGUAUAUUUUGUAUGCACUUUUAAGUUUUUAUUGUAUUACAUAAAUACUUUUACAGAACUAUAUAUCGUUAUUAUCAAUAAAUAAUCUGUUGUUGAG